AUGUUUAGAGGUAAUUAUAAUCGAUAAUCAAUUAAACCAUAAGUGGUCACUUUUUAAUAUGUCUUAGAUUAAGUUAAUGCUCUUGAUCAUAGAGCCCUUAGUGUAAUAAUUAAUUUUUAUUUAGCUUUUACAUAAAAUGGUGAAUCCAUCUUCAAUGAAUAUUUUUGCAACUGCUGCUCUUGUCUCUUUAUUUGCUGGACUUAUUAGAGAGAUACCUUGCGAAUUAUUAGAUGAAAAAGUAAAUUAAUUUAUUUAUAUAGAAUCUCAAUUGGAGUUUAUUACAUAUGUUUUUAAAUGAUGUUGAGAAAUUUUUGGAAAACUUAAGAAAAUUUAAGGAGUUUAUUAAUAAAAAUUAAAUUACAUCUAAAAACAUGUAAAUAGCUAAUUAUUGGAUUCAAAAAUAUAAUGAAAUAUAAUAAGAGUAAAAUAAAUUCAUUAAUUUAGUAAUUAAUAUUCAGUUUCAUAUGCAUUUGUUUAAAUUACUUAAAUGAUCAUAAAACUUGAUAAAUAACUUAAUUAGAGAUUGCCUUCAAGUCCUGCAAGGUCGUUAUCUGCAUCACCAAGUCCAAAAAUGAAUGAUAAUGAUGAUAUUGAUGAAAUUGAUGAACUUAAAACAUAAGCAGAAAGAAUGAGUGUAAGAGAAUAACCAAAAACAAAUGGAUUAAAAUUAUAAUUAGUUCCAAAUAAACCUGUUUAAUAAACACCAGCACAUAAACACACAUAAAGCCAACAAAUUAAAUAAGUUACACCAAUUCAUGCCCCAAUAGUACAUAAAAAGAAAUGA